CGGUGAUGUAAACAUUAGCAUGAUAUUUCUUGUUUUGUUGGACGUAGCACUGGCAAUCGUAUGUAAUUGCAGAGAGUAUACGAGGGAGUGCCAAGAAUAUUGUGCAAAGGAGAGGCAAGAUAACGGUUUAUCUAAGGAUAAGCUGUCAAAUGAGAUAACUGAUCCAGGAAAAGGUAACAACCAAGCGAAAAACGCGGUUAUUACUGCGGAUGAUGGGAAGGAUAGCGCUGGACCUAAGCAUACAGGUACUCUUAAGGAUUUUCUGAAUGAUUCAUUCAAUAUUGACACAGAUGAAUCUAAACGAUCAAAUGUGCCUGGUACGAAGAAUAGCACGGCAUCGAAUACCGCCGAGACAAAGAUUUUACAAACAGAUAGAAUGAGUGGUAGCGCGAAGGAGAAGACAGCUCAGAACGACAAAACAGUUGGUGAUAAAAGGAAGGAAGCGAACAAGCACGAAAAAGGAACGUCCAAUACUUUGAAACAGAGCAACUUGGUUGGCAGCAGCAAUAUGAAAAAUGGAGCUGUAAAUUUGGGGAGUGCUGGACUAAGCGAACAAGCAAGGGGACCAAAUAAUGUGGUGCAAUCACAACUCACCGUAUCGGACGUCUCUCAUAACGCUAUUGUUUCCACAUCUCCCGCUGAUGAUUUAACGAAGUCGAAUCUGACACAACCGAUUGCCACUAAUCAGGGUACACCGGUUGAUAAAACUACCAGCUCAGCCAAUGUAGUGCAGGCCACUUCUAAUGACACCAAAAAAAGUCUCUUGGGUCGUGGUGUGCGGUUGGGUUCGAAUGGCACCGACUUGGUGGAGGAUCAAGCUGUAAUUGGCAAAAGCAACUUGCUUGGUGCCAAUGGCACCGAGAAUAGGCAAACAAUCCCGGAAAAUUUGAGACAAAGCAGUCUGAAUGAGAUAGCAGGUCCAAGUUUAAUACCCGGUGUGGUAAUGAACGCGGCACCCGCACCUAUGGACGUAAAAAUGGUUGUGAAAGAGGAAUCAUACCCUGAUAGUAAUCCAACAUUGAUACAGCUGCCUGCUAAGCCUCCUGUUGCCAUAAACGAAACACCGCAAAAGAUACUUGUGGCCUGCUCACCGCCAGUGCCAUCCAUACCUAACGACGUAAAUCGGACAAGUAAUGACAUCCUUGCACAGUUGAUCACGCUGAUUAACAGCCAGCAAAAUCCAAAUACAAUCGCUCGUCCAGGAGCGAACGCCGGUGGUGGCAUAGACACUGAGCAUCGAUACCUUAGAAACAGUGGCAUGGAUAACAAUCAGGCGAACUACAACGAUACGCAGUGCAAGAACGACGUGUCAUGUAUGCAGAUAAAAGACCUACAGAUGGGAGGAAACAAACGGGACAGCAUGGAAGAUAGACAAAAGCGAAACAGCGACCCAUGUUUAUUUUACAAGAUGCUAGUUGAUUACUCGAAGGACAUAAACUUCCUGUCCCCAGACAUGAAAAAAGAACUGAAUCGUAUAAAGAGCAAAUUUAUCGAAAGGUACAGAUCGGAAUUGAAGAGCUGUCUGGGAAUGGUAGACGAAAUUGGUGAAGUGAGAACACGUUAUGCAACAAAAACCAAAGGUAUAUUUGACGGAAUCGUAGAUUUUUUUAAAGACAACAGUACGAAUAGUAGAAAUACCGAAAGACCAGGACUGCUAUUUGAUGAGAUAAACAACGUAAAUGGUCUAGGAAGUACAGCUGAGAGGCUUGACACGAAUUCGGAAUUGUCACAGAAUUCGGACGGCUGGUCCAAUGAUAUAACAAUUACACGAUAUGUAACAUUAGAUGGUAAUGAUAAACUUGCAAUUUUAGGGAGCAAGACUAUUACUAAAACGGUUACGGUGAGCGAAGACCUGAGAAGUGAGAAUGAGGAAAAAGGAAGCAGGUCAAACGACCAAGUGGCGAAAAGAGUUUACAAACGAGACAUAUCACAGGAUAACUCGCCAAAAGAAAGAGAAAAUGGGGAUGCAGACAAUAACUCAGAAAAAAACUCUCAAAAUGAGUCAUCUGGUGCAAGUAGCACAAAGGAGACUGGCAAUUCUUAUACAACCUCAACACUGCAGGAAACAUCAGCGGUGGAAAAGACUAGCACAGUAACACAAACACUUACCAAAAGCACAACUAUCAUUAUCACACAAGACAGCUCGAGCAGUUAUUCGUUUACCUCCCAAACACAUGAAAAUGCAAAGAGCUCAUACAGCGACAGCACCAGCCUAGAUACAUCAAGCAGCUCGUCACCCGGUGUUUCAAACACUAAUGCUAGAACGGUGAGCGGUGAUAACCUAGAUAUCUUGUCAUUUAUGAAAAGAUUAGACGCAAAUAACUAUACGACUGCUAAGGAUACCAACGGCAAUAACAUUUUAGAAAGCAUCUACUCAAUUAUAAUCGAAAUUAAGAACGAUGAAGUUGUCGGGAAGACAAAGAGUAGAGAAAAAUCGGUGAGUGCCUCUACAAGCACCGACAAAGCUGUCAGCACGCUCACGAUCACGCAAACAGUCGAUAAACAAUUAAUAGGACAAACGGGGAGAGCGAAUAGGAAUGGUAUGAAUACCACUACUGUCACCAAAACGAUCGAACAGCCCGUUACACCACGUGUUGGCACAAUAAACAACCAAGAAAACAUACUUAAGGAGAUACGAGAGGAGCAAAAGUUGCUCAUAGAAAAACUGAAGGAUUUUUUGGAUCAAAAAGAACAGAAAAAACUCGAGAACACACAACCUGCCAGUCCCAAGAUGUUCGACAGCAUCUAUUCAACGGUCGACAUUAAAACCAUCAAACCAGCAAUAGAAAAUAUGAAAAAAAGUAUAGGCGCAUUCAAGAAAGAGUUUAAAGUUGAUUCGGACAUAAACAUUGAAAUUGUUUCAGAAUCACCAAGCAUUGGUUCCUUCAGUCAGACCCUGAGUGUGCCCGAUACAAUAUACUCGAGUGUUAUCGCAGAUGCAAAAGAACACAGAACAUUAUCGGGUUCAGAUACAGAGACGAUAAGCUUAUCAGUACCUACUGAGACAGUCGAGCCUGAAAAUUCUAUGCAAUACUACAAAACAAUCGUUCUAAGGCACAAGUCGGGAGAAAAUGACAAAGAAAAUAUUAAAAUAAGAAUAGAGGAUCAGUCCGAGUCCAAUUCAGACGUUGAAAAGGUGGUUGUAAGCGGUGAAGAGACAUAG